AUUAGGUAUGUGUGAAGUGACACUAUACUUAUCUCGUUUAAUUUUCAUCUUACCAAUAGAAGUUGACGGGACAUAAAGAUAUUUGAUUGACGGUUUUCUUUAGGGUUUAUUAAGGAAAUAGAGUUUUCCAGAUUAAUUUGUUGGUUGGGGUUUAUUUCAGUGUAUACGUUUUACCACUGAAUUUUUUGUAAUUCCAAUCAAAAGUGAUAAACCAGUUCUGUGAUUUAAACUUUAUGUACACCAAUCUGAUGAAUUUGGGAUUUAUUGGAGAAUUUCUCUUCUGAGAUCGCAGUGGCGGUGUCCGAGAUGGAAAUAGAAGUGUAAUUAAGAAGUUUUGUGUGCCGCAAGAAUCUGAAGCUAUGGAGAAUUACGCUAUUCAAGUGGUGAGUUUGUCUCCAAAUGCAACCGAAAGGGAUGUGAGGGAUUUCUUCUCCUACUCUGGAACGGUUGAGACUGUUGAAUUAGAGAGAGUUGGCGAGGAUUCCCAAGUUGCUUUUGUGACUUUCCAGGAGCCAUAUGCUGUAGAAACUGCUCUUCUGCUGACUGGAGCAACUAUAAUAGAUCAAAAAGUAUGCAUAGUGCGAUGGGGGGAUUGUGAGGAUUCUUUUGAUGAUUGGAGGACACACUCAUGGAGACUUCAACAUGAUGAUGAGGCAGAGGUUACACGAUCUAGAGGUUUUGUUCAAAAUCCUCGUGAGGCAGUAACCGUGGCCCAAGAUGUUGUUUCUGCAAUGCUUUCCAAAGGGUAUAUUCUGGGAAAAGAUGCAUUGAGCAAGGCCAAAGCCUUUGAUGAAAGUCAUCAGGUCACAGCUAGUGCUGCAGCUAAGGUGAUAUCUUUGGGCGAGAAAAUAGGUAUCAAUGACAAACUUAGUGCUGCUGCACAAUGUAUCAAAUCUGUGGAAGAGAGAUAUCACGUUUCAGAGAAGACUAAAGCAAUGCUGUCGGCUGCAGAGCAAACAUCUAGCAGUGCAGGGUCGGCCGUUGUAAAUAGCAGGUACUUUUCUUCUGGAGCCUUGUGGUUGUCUGGAGUACUUAGCAAAGCAGCCCAAGCAGCAGCUGAUCUGGGUACUAGGGGACAUGGGAACUAGAGGCAAAGCAUUUUCCAAUUGCUUAAGAAAAUUACCCUCUUUGAAAACUGCACUAUUGAUGCUGUUUCUUUAAUGUUUUCUUCUUAGCGGAGUAAAGGAGUAUGUUUACUCUAGCAGUAUGUGUUAGGGUGCAAAAUGCCUCACAAAUUUAGUGUUUUAUCACUUACUCUUUGAUUAUUUAUGCAUAGAAUCGAAACUGGAGUCAAUACCUAAGGCAUUAUAUGUAGGAAUUUGUAUUGGCAUAAUUUCAUUUCUAAGUUGGGCAGAGAAGCAUUCAAUCUACAUAUUAUGCUACUGUAUUGCUGAUGGUAUGGACCAGAUAAAUCAUAAAAGGAGUAACUAAGUUUUGUUGAACUA